AUGCUUCCUGACCUACGCCUCAAUUGGGGUAAUAUAUUAGAGCUCACAAAUCUAUCAGUUCCUGCUUUGAGCGAGUACGUUAACCUUCUAGACAAAAUAGAUGUAAACUGCGAGAAAAUCCUCCAAGGUGAUAAACAAAUUAUCGAGGACGCUAAACGUUGGGUGUAUGACGCUGGCUACGCUGAAAAGGCACUGUUUGAAGCAAGAGACAAGUGUCGUGCAAUUCGACAACUCUUUGGAUUUCGUAUAAAUAAAAGUAUUACACGAGAAGAACUGGAAUAUCCUCUUGCUUAUGGUGCAGUUGUUUAUAAAAAUUAUAUUCAAGUUAUCUUCAUGUUGAGUGCAUUCUAUCGGCCUCAUAAUGAAUAUUGUAUAGCUGUGAGCGGUUCAGCUGAUACCAUUUUCAAGUUCUGGAUGGAUCAACUUGAAAAAUGUUUCAGCAAUGUUCACGUAUUGGUGAGGUACCGAUUAUGGCAUCGACCGCAUAUUGAAUGGGGAUCGUUUGAGAUUAUCAACUCGACAUGGGCAUGCGUCGAUCUCCUAGCUCGGAGCAAGACGAAUUGGAUGUACUAUCAGCAUCGACCACAAAUUGAAUGGGGAUCGUUUGAGAUUAUCAACUCGACAUGGGCAUGCGUCGAUCUCCUAGCUCAGAGCAAGACGAAUUGGAUGUACUAUCAGCAACUUUCCGGCGUUGAUGUUCCCUUGAAAACGAAUUUAGAAAUGGUGCAUAUAUUCAAACAGUUAAAUAAUACGGUAAAUACCGAAUUUGCUAAAUACCAAGAGGAACGUCUUCAGGGAAAGAAGGUGGGUUUAAGUUAG